UAAAUAAUUUUUCUUUCACAUUGUAUAAACAAUUUUUUGGAUUAUUCAACUAAAAAUUGUUUGUACUUUGAUUUAUGUAUACAUAGUUUUCUGCCUUCGAAUACGCUCACCUAUGGCUGAUUCCGGAAAUAUUGAUAGACCAGUGUUUGAUGCCUACCAAGUAGCUAUACUUCAAACUAAAACUGAAAACAUCAUACGUAAUGCUCGUGAACUAGUUGAGAGCAUUUCGGAGAAUAUUGAUCAAGAAAACCGUCGUGAAGGUCUUCUGCGAAUUCCGGAUGCUGUCGAUAGGGCUUACACAGUCGUAAAACCAAUUAUUGACUACCCUUUGGCCAGUGAGCAUUUAGAUAUGGAACUUGAGAAGGUCUAUACAGAAAUGGGAGCCAUUCGCCAACAAGUUGAUAUGUUUAAAAAUAUUCCACUGGCUAAUAUAGAUGUUGAUGGAACUGGCUUGCUUCACGUACUCAACUUAAAGCCUAUAAAUUUUCGUGCACAAAAAGCCAUAGUGGAAUCUGUUCGAAGGGACUUGCUUAAUAUUAAGCACAUUGGUGUAGUGGAAAAUAUUUCCCAUAUUGCGGAGAGACAACUUAGAAUCAUUAACCCAAAGAGCAAUGAUAUCCAUUGUGCGAAUAUAUUGAAAACUGAGCAAAAGGCAGAAAAAGAUGCUGAACAAGGCGGCGCCAGCAACUAAAUGAAAAAAAUGGAUUCAGUAAUGCAUGAAUGACAUUUAGGGUGUAGGUAGGCAUCAUCGGUUAAUAUACUUAUUUAGGAGGAGAAGUGCACCUUUAUGAGAACAAAUCAUGCAUCAUAUAUAUUAUAUAUAAAUUGAGGAACCAAAACUAAAGGCAGACAAACGUUUAUACAUAAAUCAAGGUUUUAUAGUUGUUAUUUGAGAAAAUAAAAAUUAUAGUUUUCGUUUCUGUUCAUAA